AUGGGCAAAGUGUUCUUCGUCGGUUGGGCGCUAUGGGAGAAGAUGACCUUUGUCCUCACUAUCCUUGCCGGCUGUCUCAAGCUGUGGUAUACACACCGCAAACUGCGUCAAUAUGAAAAGGCUGGUCCUCAGCCAAUCAACCGUGAGAAGAGUAUCAUCCGCAGCUUGAGUAUGCGCAAAGGUCCGAAAAAGCAGAAGCAAAAGCAAAAAGAAAAGGCCGGCAAAGAGGCCAUGGUCCAGAAGAAACGUCUGAUGGACGACGGACCAAGUAUCCCCUUUGGUAUCCGAGCAAUCGAAAGCGGUAUCGAAGUUGACGGAGUGUGGAUCUCUCGCAACAACACACCAGCUGCGAGUAUACGUGAGCCUUCUUCAAGCUCUUUGUCAGCUUACAGAGCCAUUUCACAACAGAGCCGACAAGGCUCGAUGACUGAUGUCGGCAUGACUCUCACGAACAAUGGCACAGAGACCUCGCCGAUCGCCUCUUCGUCGAGAGAACCAAGUCAGACGCUGUCUAUGGAUCGCUCCAUAUCCGGUGGUAGCAUUGGAAGUAAUCCACCAUCUUCUCCUGAGCCUGCUGCUUCGGCCUCUCGCCGCUACCCGCCACACUCGUAUCAGAGAUACGAAGGCAGUAGCUCCAAGCACUUCCGCAAUGCUCAUACUCUUGAGACUAGAGUUCCUACUGGCAUGCCGACCGAUCCUGCCAGAGUCGUGAGCUAUCAUAGCUCUUCCUCGGGCUCAUCGAGAGGUGGCAGCAGUGGAAGCAACGAACUGCCAGCGUCAUAUCUAGAUUUUGCAAGACCACCUCCUAUCCACUCACGCGGUAACCCAGCCUUUGACGAUGCCCUUCAAACUCACCGUAUGUCGCAAGUAGCCGAGACAGGACGUCUGGUACCUAGAAGUCGCCGCACUGGCACCUCAGGCGACUGGUCUUCAUCACCUAUGGCCACAGGCGAAGUCCACAAUUUUUCUCUUCCGCGCUCACAAACGCCUCCACCGCCUGGAUCGUCCAGCUCUCACAACACACUUACUCCUUUCACUACUCCUGUGUCAGAGAAGCACCCCGAGGUCGAUUUCCCCGAGCCAAAGACACCUGCGUCGGAGUCCAAGUCCCGUCGAGGCUCAGGAGUCUCGUACACACGCCCAGAUCCGACUGUGCUACGCGCAGUGAACUCUGGCUUCGCCGUACUCAAACCAGGAACACUGGAAGCAGAAGCUGCAGCCAAAGAAUCAGGACAGGGCAGCCAGCACGCGCGAGCGCGGUCCGCAAGUUUCGACAGCACCGAGAGACGCCAAAGCCGCAAGCUGCAAAAGAAGCGUCGACCCAGCAACAGCUCGCGCGAGUCUCAGUCGAGUUUCGAUGCUGGCUCUGACCUCGAGCGUGGUGAUGUCAAGUACAGCUUUGACCAGCACCCACCUUCAGAUCGCGACAUUGAACGUGGCUCGCAGAUCGAAGCAUCGGGUUCGAAGUACAAGUUUUGA